AUGGUACGACUGAUGAAAAUAACUUCUGAGGAUACUUUUUAUGACCUCGGGUGCGGCAACGGAUCCGUUCUAUUUCAAGUGGCUUUCCUCACAGGUGCGCGGUGCGUGGGGGUCGAGAUCAGUGAGCACAACGCCAGUGUCGCAAAAGCUGCAUGGGGGAGCAUUAAGCCAAAAUUAGAGUCUGUAUCUGGAAGAAAGAUGCCCGAGGUGAAGGUACUAGCUGCAGACAUGACGAAGGUACUUGCCGAGGAGACGAUGUUCAAUGAAGAAGAGGGCAAAACGGCGAUACUACUAUCAAAUCUACUGUUUCCAAAAUCAUUGACGCACUACCUUUCAGAGCGACUUCGACACGUUCCAAGUGGGACGCGAAUUCUGUGCUUCGAUGAUCUCUAUCCACAUAGCCGUUCCGUCGCCGCGAUUCGUGAUCCAGAAGCCUUUGAAUUUUUUUCCAUGACGGAUUACCUCUGGCAGGAGCUUAGUGUGGAGUGGUGCUCAAUGGAUGGGCCCUUUUACAUUCAUAGACGGAAUUAA